AUGGAUCGGAAGUAACUUGAAAUGAUAUUCAAUACUUUAUCCUUUCUUUCUGGAAUAUUUCAAAUCAUCCUUCAAGGAAGCCCUCCGCACAUGCAUACAGUAUCUGGAUUUGGGUGCAGAUGUCUCUCCAGUUUCAAAAUGAAGAAUCAAUAAUAAUAAUUAAAAAAAAUAAUUAAGUAGAAGUUUGUCAUUGCUAAAGCCUUGACCACCUUCACUGCCUGAACUGAAGCAAUACAACUCAAGUCCGUCUUGACAUGAUGACAGCAGUGUAUUCCAGAAAGUUUAUCCUACAAACUGACCCCAUUACCAACCAACGGAAGGUCUCGAUGCGUCCUUUAAUCCACCAGGAGUCCCGAUUGCAGGUUGAUGUUGGUAUGUAGAGAUCACUGCAGCCAUGGAUCCAUUGUGGAACCAGAAUCCGCCUGGGCGCCCCGCCUAUGGGACAGAGAAGCUCCAACCCAGAAAUUACUCACUGGUUUUACUUUUUCAACUCAGCCUGCUCUCCUUCGACCUGUUUGUCAACUCAUUCAGUGAGCUGCUCAGAGAUGAACAAGCAGUCCAGCUGGUACUUUUCGUAAUUCAGGACAUUGCCAUCUUGUUCAACCUCAUCAUCAUUCUUUUGAUGAUGUUUAACACCUACGUGUUCCAGGUCGGUCUGGUAGCCAUAUUGCUGGAGAGAUUUAGAGCUUUGCUAAUGCUCUCUACACUCUAUUUGACCUUCAGUGUAACACUACAUUCCUGGUUCAUGAAUCUGCGAUGGCUAAAUACCAACCAAUUUAUUUGGACAGAUGGCCUUCAGGUGUUGUUUGUGCUCCAAAGAGCUGCUUCUGUGUUGUACUACUACUUCUACAAGAGGACCUCAGAGUAUUUGGGUGACCCCCGCCUCUAUGAGGAUUCACCAUGGCUGCGAGAGGUCUUUGCACAAGACAGGCAGUGAGCCACUCCCAAGAAUGUUUAGCUAAAGACCAGUGAUGCUGUAAAAUCCACAACA